CUAGAGUUGUUCAUUGUUCCUCAGCUCUGUGUUUUCAGGGCUAUAUGAUUGGAACAAGGGUCAUUGUCUUGUUGCUCUGCCUCCGCAUCCAUGGGAAUAUUCGGGUAUUCCUGACAAAAAAAAGCUAGAAAAUCACAUAAGUAUGUCAAUGAAGUCAAUGAACUGAGCAUGUAAGCCAAUCACAGGCGUUUGCGCCAUGCGUAUCAAUAUUAAUGAGACGCAGUUGUGAGACUUCAGUACGCAUGCCCUCCCCGCGCGACACUGCUGCUUCCAACAACAAGCAAGAAGCCAGCAACAUGGCCGACCUAGGAAAGAAGUACUGCGUAAACUGCCUUGCAGACGUUACGAAUCUGAGACUUCGCUGUACUGACUGCCCAGAUAUCGAACUGUGUCCGGAAUGCUUCUCCGCGGGUGCAGAAAUCGGUAAUCAUCGGCGAUGGCACGGUUAUCAGCAAGUCGACGGCGGGCGCUUCACACUCUGGGGUCCCGAAGCGGAGGGAGGAUGGACUAGCAGGGAAGAGCAGUCGCUACUCGAUGCGAUCGAGCAAUAUGGCUUUGGAAACUGGGAGGACAUGGCCACUCACGUGGGGGCGUCUCGGACCCCCCAGGAAGUCAUGGACCACUACGUCAGAAUGUACAUUCACGGCAACCUGGGCAAGGCCUGCGUCCCCGAAAGUAUCCCCAACCGGGUAACGGACCACACCUGCCCCAGCGGUGCCCCCCUGUCCCCCAGCCUCACCACCCCCCUGCCCCCGCUGGACGUGACCCUGGGCGAGCAGCAACAGCUGGGCUAUAUGCCCCUUCGCGACGACUACGAAAUCGAGUAUGACCAGGAGGCAGAGAAGCUCAUCAGCGGCCUGUCGGUCAACUACGACGAUGAAGACGUGGAGAUUGAAAUGAAGCGGGCGCACGUGGACAUGUACGUGCGCAAGCUGCGGGAGCGUCAGCGCCGCAAGAAUGUGGCCCGCGACUACAACCUGGUACCCGUCUUCCUUGGGCGAGAUAAGAAGGACAAGGAGAAGCCAGGCACGCUGGGAGUUGUAGGUGGCGGGGGUAGUGUUGGCGCCGUCGGAGUGGGAGGAGGAGUAGUGGGGACCCUUCUGAUGCUGACCAAUCCCAUUGUGACGCCGGGAGCUGCAGCCGUUCCUACAGUGCCAAAGCGUAAGAUCACCAAGGAGGAGAAGGAGCAGCGGGUCAAGUUACGGGGGAUGUGCCAGUUCAUGGCUCUGCGGGAGUUUGAGGACUUCUUUGACAACAUGCACAAGGAGCGCGUGCUGCGCGUCAAGGUACGAGAGCUGCAACGAUACCGCCGCAACGGCAUCGCACGACUGGACGAGUCGGCCGAGUACGAGUCGGCAAGGCACAAACGGGAGAAACGCAAGGAGAACAAGAGUGUGGCUACCUCCAAAACAGGCCGAGGCGGCGGGCUCUGCACUGGGGGAGGAGGGGGAGGGCUUGGAGGAGGGGCGGGAGGUGGAGGAGUGAGCGGUGGCGCCAUCAAAGAGGAGGGCAAGGAAGGCGAGUUUGCGGCCAUUGAGAACCUGUCCGGCUUUGAACUGCUGUCGGACCGGGAGAAGGUGCUGUGUAACACGCUCAACCUCAGCCCCACGCGCUACCUGACCGUCAAGACCAUCAUCAUCAAGGACCACCUUCAGAAGCGCCAGGGCAUCACCUCCAAGAGCCGCCUGCCAGGCUACCUGGACAAGGUGCUCAAGAAACGCAUCCUCAGCUUCCUCACAGAGAGUGGCUGGAUAUCCCGAGACAUGACCUAACAGUCCAUCGGGUUUGUAGGAACUGGACCUGGGCAGUGUCCUAACAAUGUGUGUAUGGAGUUUGUGGGGACUGAGGAUUACAGAAGGGUCAUGACUCUGUUUUGCACUCGUAAGCUCCACAUAGACCAAACUAUUGGGUUUUACCACCUUUUGUCUUGUUUUGUCCAACGUCAUCGACCACAGGACUGUUUGUGAAUAUGUACAUUGCAAAGAAUAAGGAUUUCCACUUUCUUAAAAAAAAAAUAAAGUUUGGAUACCAUUUACAGGGGAGGGAUGAACAGAUAUAUAUUUUUGCAUUUGAAUCCAUAUGAAUGAUAAUGUAUUCGUAUGGGUAGAUGAUACAGGGUCUUUGUAUUGAAACUCCAGUGAAGGAUCGCCUAAUGCUGCUGGGCAAACCAGACAACACUGUCUUCAAAGCUGUUCUCAAAGUAUAAAUUGUUAAGUAUAGUUUGCCUCCAGCUUCUUUGUAGCCUGGUCCCAAAUGAGUUGGCGCUGUCUAGCCAACUCCUAUGGUCAUUGACCAGACAACACCAACAGAUCUGGGACCAGGCUAGCUUCCUUUAGGUCAGGAUGUAGUUUUGGAGAGCACAAGUUAGUGCCUAUUCAAACAGCAAUACAGUCACACUGUGCUGGAACGCAGGGGGUAUAUAUCAUCUUAUUCUUCCCAUGAAGAGAUGAAGGCCGGCAAAGCAUACAGGAGUCAGUAUUUGGCAGCUAACGCUCUCGUAGAGUACUGCAGUAAAUCCCCGUUUUGACUCUUGUCAAAACUUUGUGGCGGUCUAACUUAGGAUGGCAGGCUCAGAAUUUGGCACUAUGAGAGGAAUAGCCUAACUUCUCAACUAUUCUGUUCCAUCCCCUGCACGAUUUCUGAUUCUAGUAGGCUGUUCACUAAGAUAAGAAAAAUAUCAACUUUUAAAUGUUUAUAUAUGGGCAUUAACCAAUGACAUGCGUACAAUCCUUAAGCACAAAUCAAAAAACUCUUGUUUGCCAAAUGAGCAUAUAGGCUAUCACUAGGUUUUUUUACUACCCUGUUGCAUCACAGGUUAAGUUUCCCAGUUUGGAUGUUAUGGUGUAAGACUGUAUGAUGGCCUGUCAGACUUUUUCUUUUUACCUCUUAAUGAAUAUGUGGUGCAUGAUUAUUGUCUUCUUAUCACCGGUUGCUUGCUGUUUUUGUUUGCCAGUGUGUCACUUAUUCAAAGGGAGUAAAGUCAUAUUUAAAUGGUUUGAAGACCUGCUAGAUUUGCUCCAUCUAAUUUCCUGGUUCAUUUUUUUAUUUAUUUUUUACAGUCACAGCAUUCAUAUAGGCUACUGUACACAUCACAUGGCCUUGCAAGUACAAUAUCAAAGGGCAGGAAUAAUCUGGUAGAGUAAAGGGACGACUGCAUCAGAAAAGCUUGGUUGCUGUUAGACAUUGAUGUUUUCCAUUGACAUCAAAUGUUUGUUCCCAGCACAGGUACUUUGAAGUGUCCACUGGCACCUUAUCUUUCUGACGUCCAGUUAGCCUGUUAUAACAUGGACAAGGUGAACUACUGCAGGGAUAUAGAUGUGGUUUGGGUGUAGAGAAAGUGUUGAGUAUCGAGUUUGACGCUGGGAAGGAGAUGUAAUGAUCGCAGACCAGCGGAGGCUGGUCGGAGGAGCCUGUCCUCCUAUAGCUCGUCCCACCAGGCUCCUCUGUCACACGUACAGGCCUUGGUGUUAUCCCCACCAUAGUAUAUUUUAUCAUACCACAGAAGUAAUAAAAGCUAUAUUUUUUAUUUAUCCUUCCUCAUAAGCUUGAAAGUAUCCAGACACUGACAAGGCCCCUGGGUUCUCGCAUCGCCUACCUGAAGAUUUCUAUUUGUCACAAAAACUGUCACGGUUUACAAUCAAAGACUAGAUUAACUCCUUAUCUGGUUUAAAGAGAAAACAACUGUUUUUGAACCAUAACGGCAUCAUCUAUGAUUUCUUUUCACUUUCCUCUGCGGUGUCGAGGGCUUUUGUGCGUGUCGAUCAGAGAGGUGGCAGGAGAGCGCCAUUUAAAUGUAAAUGGCAUUUUGAAUGGGCAUCGGUUGACGGGGAGAGUUGGAAUACAAAAGUGGGGUUGAGGCUGGGAGAGCGAGGGGUGGGCGUAAGAAGUAGUGGAGUGUUCAAGCUCGAUCUGUCAAAGCAUAGAUUUAGUUUUGUGCUGCUUCUUGUUCUAUUUUCCUCCCUCCGCCUCUCCCUGUCCAUGUACUGACUCUUGGAUCUCGGUGCUUUUUACUGAUAGGGAUUUUGCCAUAAAACGAAAGCCCCAUUCCUCACUGCUGUUUCUGCUGCAGGGAGCCAGUUGCCCUGUGUUCAGAGGUGGAGCUGGCUGGUCAGCCCAGUGUUAUAUUUAUUCGAGAACAUUAAUCAUUUCUUAUUGGACAAGGCCAGGUAGUCCCUCCCUGUUUCACCCUAUUGUCUUCCAUUUGGUGCCUACUGAAUGAGACCCAGGCUAUGGUAAGAAGUCAUGAGAGGUCAGAGUUCAGUCUAGGCGAGAACCUCUAAAGUUGACAGUGCCUAUUAUCAGUCUCAUUUAAUUUCCUGUCAAAGCUAGUAGCUAACUACUUCAACCAUUGUCAUUAUAAAAAGUUAAAAGACAUUAAUACACACAGCCUGCUUCCCAUAGCCUUGUUUAAUAAUCAGGGUGUGCCAUUUCUGUGCCAAACCAUUUUACCUAUGGCACAGAUUUCAUGACCGAGGGAAACGCAGUUAAGCUAAAGCUUCCCAUCAGUAGAUGGCAUUCUCAAUUGUUUCAGCCUCUUUUGUUAUUUAUGUUCUAAAGAUAACAUAUUUUAUAGGUGGUUGAAAUUACACUUGUUCUAUGAAACAUUACCAUUUUAUGAGCAUACGGGAGUGUUUUGCCUGUUUUUGCAUGUGAAGCCAAGUGUUUUAAAUGAUGUAAGUAGUACAUUUUGGUUAAAUGGCUCGAUUAAAAAUGAUUUUCACUUGAAUUGUUUCUAAACAUCAAGACUGAGGGUGGGGAGAAAGGUUUUAUUUUAUUUCUGUGGAAUUUUUGCAAAAACAUUUUACCAAAUGUACAUGAUUUUUUGUAAGAAUUUGAAAAUGAACACAUUAAUACUGACCUGUGAAAUGUACAGUAUUUUAUUUCAGUUACUUUUUAUAACAAAUCUUCAAUAUGCGAGUGAGAACCAUUCUAAGCCUUUUGCGUGUGUUGUCGUAGCAUGAUGUUAAACUGUUCAUGUGUAUCAGUAGUAUGCUUAGGAAGUCAAAGCAUUUGACAAUUCAGUGGUUGAAAAUGUUGAGGGGGAAUUUUUGAUGGCCCAUUCUUUGUGGUUGCACAGGACAGGUUUUGUAUUAAAAGUGCAAAUACUUUA